UUUUACAUGGAUUGGUCUGUCAACUAAUGCUUGAUGAAUAAAGAUUAAUUUUUAAAACGAAAAGAUAAUUAUUUGCUCCCUCUUUUUUUUCUCGUGUCUAUACAAAGCGAUAACUUUCUUGAAUUCUGAAGAAUUUCAAUUUUUCUUUUUCGUACAAAAAAAACCAUCAUUAAAACAACAACAAUACAACGAUGAAGGUUAAUGUUCAAAGCCCAAAUAUUCGUUAUACGGAUGAAACAAUCGAAGCAGAUUAUGAAUAUGAUAAUGUCAAAUGUAUUCGAGAUGAAAAAACCAAUUCAGUUAAGGUUUAUCCAAUGAGAUCGGUUGUAACAUUUCGUACAGAACGUCGAAUACCACGUACAGGUUUAAUGAUGAUCGGUUGGGGUGGCAAUAAUGGUACAACAGUAACAGCCGCUAUAAUUGCCAACAAACAUCGUAUGUCAUUCAUGACAAAAGAUGGUGAAGUGAAAGCCAAUUAUUUUGGAAGUUUAACACAAUCCAGUACGAUAUUCUUGGGUUAUGAUGCCCAUGGUAAAGAAUUAUACAUACCUAUGAAAGAUACAUUACCAAUGGUUGAUCCAAAUGAUCUAUUCGUUGAUGGUUGGGAUAUAUCCGGUAUGAAUCUUGCUGAUUCAAUGAAACGAGCAAAAGUUCUUGAUAUCAAUCUACAAGAACAACUUCGUCCAUACAUGGAACAAUAUCGACCACGUCGAGCUAUAUAUGAUUUUGAUUUUAUUGCAGCCAAUCAAAAAGAACGUGCUGAUAAUGUAAUUGAAUGUAAUGAUAAAUGGUCACAAGUGGAACAGAUUCGUGCAGAUAUACGUGAUUUUAAACAAAAAAAUAAUCUUGAUACAGUCAUUAUAUUAUGGACAGCUAAUACUGAACGUUUUUCUAAUGUUAUCGAUGGCAUUCAUGAUACAGCUGAUAAUUUAUUAGCAGCAAUCAAACGCAAUGAAAAAGAAUUGGCACCAUCAGCUUUAUAUGCUGUUGCAGCUAUACUUGAAAAAUCUACUUACAUCAAUGGUUCACCACAGAAUACAUUCGUACCUGGUCUCGUUGAAUUAGCCGAACGUGAACAAGUGUUUAUCGGUGGUGAUGAUUUCAAAUCCGGACAGACAAAAUUUAAAUCCGUACUUGUUGAUUUCCUUGUUUCCGCCGGUAUUAAACCAUGUUCAAUCGCUAGCUAUAAUCAUUUGGGUAAUAAUGAUGGCUAUAAUCUAUCGGCACCGAAACAAUUUCGCAGUAAAGAAAUUUCCAAAUCAAAUGUUGUCGAUGAUAUGGUCGAAUCGAAUCAGAUACUUUAUGGCCAAGGUAAAAAUCACCCUGAUCAUACAGUUGUUAUUAAAUAUGUACCGUAUGUGGGAGAUUCGAAACGUGCAUUGGAUGAAUACAUCAGUGAAUUAAUGUUAGGUGGAAAGAAUACAAUUGUCGUACAUAAUACCUGUGAAGAUUCGUUAUUAGCAGCGCCAAUUAUUUUGGAUUUGGCCAUUCUUUCCGAACUAUGUCAACGUGUUACAUUUAAGAUACAUAAUCAUAAGGAAACACAAUUUCAACGUUUCAAUUCGAUUCUAUCCAUACUAUCCUAUCUGCUUAAAGCACCAAUGGUCGAACGUGGUGCAAAUGUUGUCAAUGCAUUAUCCAAACAACGUCAAUCAAUCGAAAAUUUAUUACGUGCAUUGAUUGCUUUACCACCUGUUAAUCAAUUAAAUUUACAGGCCAAAUGUUCAAAUCGUACACAAUGGUAUGAAGAAUUAACACAACCAAUCCUUAAAAAUGAUGAAGUAAAUCCAACACGAAUUGCGCCACCAUUCAAUGGUUUUAUGAGUGGACAUUAAGCAGCAGCCUAAUCUACAGCAGCCAAUUUAUACAUUCUACAUCAAACAACAAACAAAAGACAAAAAUAUUGAUUUCCUUUCUUCCAUCUUUUAUAACUUCCUCACUUUCCCUUUCUCUGGUUAAGAUUAUUAUUUUUACAAUAAUAUUAAAUCAAUCAAUUUGUUAAUUAU